AUGGAAAAACAAUUCAACCAUGUGGAGAAGUAUGGAUACAUAAUAUCUGAAAUCAAUGGGAAAAAGGAAGAGAUGCUGAAGGAAGAAGAUUACAAUGCCCUUAAGAGGUGUGAGAGCCUGGAAGAAGUGGCAAUCAAGCUGUCGAGGACAUACCGUGGACUCUCGGAGGGAAUUGCCUAUACAAAGCCUGAGCUGAAGAAGAAGCUAUUAGAAGCCUUAAAAUCAGACUUCAAUUAUUACCACGAUGCAGAGGAUAAAGGUAUAAGAACAAUCCUCGAUUACUACAUGGACUUCCAUAAGAUACAGAACUUCUUUUAUCUUCUUCAGUGUAAACUCCAAGAUCCAAACCUUGAGAAAAGCUUCGAGAAGAUAGAAAUAGGAGACUUCAGUGCAUUGAGAACAAUCAAGUUUUCCAACGAUAUGGACGAUGUCCAGAGAUAUUGCAUAGAAAACAGCUUUCUAAGGAAAUUUGAGAGAAAGGUCAAGUUCAAGAAGGAGUUUUCUGCAAACAACUUCCAAAUUCUUCAGACAUUGUUUUUCAAGUUCCAUAUUGAGGAGACAUUUAGAAACCUUAAUGACGACAUGGACCAUAUGAGGGAGAUACUGAAGCUUGAAGGAGACCGGCAGAUAAUAGAGAUUACAGUAAACACGCUCAAUUCAAAGGAUGUAGUGGGAAAAAAGAGAAUGAGAUUAUUUCCCGACGUUCAUUCCAUGAGUCUAAAGACUCGAGAGCUCUUGUCCCAUGUUGAAAGUCUGGAUGACAUAAAAUCCAUCUUGAGCGAGACUUAUGACUUUGACUCCGACAUCUCGAAUGUCCUUAUAAAGGCCGAGCUUCAAAAGUACCAAGAGUCGUUUAGAAUGUAUGGAGACCUUAGCUGUGUGUAUUCGUACUUCAAGAUGAAGGAACAGGAAAUAAAGAACAUACUAUGGGUUGCCGAAUGCAUUGUCCAGAAUAGACGGGAUGCAAUGGACCAUCUGUUUGUUGUCCGAUGA